ACCACCGAGCAGCUUCGCCAAAGCCUCAGACUCAGGUCUGUAUCACCGCAGACGUACGUUUCCUCGUAAGUAUCUAUUUCUAAUUCUUGAUGUCUAAUUGUGAGGCUUGUUACAGUCAGUGGCUGUAUCACUCUAUCAGCUGCGAUGGUACCAGGGCAUUUACCAAUUCUGAGUCGGUCGUACGCACUUCAGCCUGGCUAGGUGCCGCCUCAUCGUCAGCAAAUGGUGGAGAUUGCACUGAAAGUGGCGCCGAGUCGAGCAUCCGCCUUGUCUCUUCUGGUUCGGAUAAUAGCACCCAGGCUACCAUACCCUGGCCUACUGCAGAACACCCUCUUCUCAAAGAUCCGGACAACGCUUUUCUGAAGGCAUGGGUACUAAAAUCCAACGUUUCGGAUGGCCUGUUGAUUUCUCCCCGAUCAUUGGGACCGACACACAUCCUUGUGGCUUUCCCCUCGCAGGACGCACCCGCAGGUUCUCAAAUACCUGUUCCUGCUCGAGCCCUCGAAUUUCCCAUCAACGACCUGUUGUUCGUGCUGAAUGCGCCGAAUCUCUCGCGGUCACCGAGACUUCCGACCCGGUUGCACCAAGAGCUUCCUCGUGUGGGUAUUCGAGUUCCCGACGUCGAGACGUUUCGCCACCUUGUCAUCUACCUUCAUACGCGAAACUUGGGGCAGUUGAUACGUGCCAUCGUCCCCGAAUGGAUCAGAGAUCUCGUGUAUCCCCUGACUACUCUUCCCGCCUUUGCAAUGGCCGUGUCUGACGCAAAGGAGAAGAGGAAGCGCAGGUUCCUCGCGAUACUGAACGGUGUCGGCCUCAACUGCUCGUGCAUGAAUGGCGUUGCAUUCCGAGAAUCGCUGGAGAAGCCGACUCGUCCUAAAGAUCUUGCUGAUACGGUGGCCCAGGAAAUCGCGGAGACGGCUCGUGAAAACAAAUAUAGCGUUCUUAUCAAGUUCACUGCAGCACUUGAUGCGUUACGGGCCAAUCUCGAGCUUAUAGGAUACUAUGAACAAUUGUUAUGGAGCGAGCUGGACUUGUACCAUGACACCCUCAUCCGUGCUAUCAGCUUGGAGGCCAAAGUUGGGCAGCGGGAAUGGGCAAGAGAGUAAAAUAUCCUAUGAAAGACUUGUUUUAAUGAAUAUAGGCGACGAGAUCUUAGGUACUUUUUUAGUCAUAGUAAUAAUGCUCUAAUUCUUACGUUUACAUGCGCAUUAAUGGCAGCCGUGCACGAACCAUACAGACCUUUCCGCUUGUACAUCCCCAUCAAUCCGCCUCCACCGAACUUCGCAAGAGAAAUCGCUAAGGUCCUAAUUAUCGUCUACGCAAAAGCCCAGAUACGCUUCUCAUACGAGAAACGAGCUAAAAUGGUGCAAUCAACUUGAAUUACCGACAGCGCGCAGGCACUGUCACUCACCGUAAAGAACACACAGGACGCCAAGCACCG